AUGGCUAAUCUAUGUAAUGGCGGUUCCGCAUUGCCACCAGUUGCAAAGGAUGUCUGCGAAGGCGGUGUUACAACAGCCAUAAUGGAGACAGGUGCGGGCAAUUUCAUUCUGCAGGAAAAAUCGCAAAAAUAUUCCACGCGACACCAUGAAUGGAAUGGAGUCCUUCAAGGUUUGGAUGCUGUGUACGAAACCUGCGGUCCGAACAUUUCCUUGGUCAAUCCAAUUGAUCUUGCACGGUUAGCUAUCAGUUUCGAGUUGUAUUCCUUUGGCAGUUUUCCUGAUUGCGCAAUUUUACUCCAACAUCCCCAACCAUGUUUCGAUAGAGCCUUUCGCACGACUUUGUCCAUUUCCGGGGUCCAAUUUGUAACGAAACGCCUUGCCCGCUUUGGUUUACCCUGGGGUUUUGAAAGCUUUGAGGAUUUUGCCUUCUGCUGCUGGACGAUUUUCCGCCUCUCGGACUUUAAAGCUUCACGCGCAGCGCGUUCGUCAUCAAAGUCCUUGUUCAGACCAGAGCCUUCGUUUGCAGACACGAAAAAGCCGUGGCUUUCAAAGGCGAAAGGGUCCUGGGAAACUUGUGAACUACUUUGCUCUUCGAGAGGUGCUUUGACGAUAGGAAUGGGCAUGGACAGUGCUCUUCGACGGGCUGCAAGAACGUGUAGCUGUAAAUCCAUCUGGAAAUCUCCCCGAAGCAGUUCGUCGUAA